CCAUCACCGGUGUUGGUGACCGUGAGCAGGGCAUCGAACUCGCCUCUUCGGAUGUCCACGCGUGGUGUGCAGGAGGAGGCCCGGGUGGACGCGGCGCUGAUUUGUUGACGAGGAAACUGACCCGCAACUUUGCCCGUGCACGCGGCGCCGUAGAUGUGUCAAAGUGUGCGCUUGACCGCGCCGCCGUCACCGGUUGUUCCACGUCAGCUCCAGCUUGACCGGUCACACUCCUCCUGCAGCAGCCUGAGAGCGUUUCAGGAAUGGACAGUGGUGUGCAAAGCCCUGCUGGAGAAUUCUUGGACCUACCCAAGUUUCUGGACAGUGCCAAAGGGUGGUACGGCUAUGAUGGCCAAAUAGAAGCAAUAGUGGAGAAGGAAUUUAAGAGACUCCAAGGUACGACCUAUCUCGAUCAUGCUGGGGCCACUCUCUAUGCUGAGAGCCAGCUUCAAGGCUUCAUGCGUGACCUGUCGUCCAAUGUUUUCGGUAAUCCACACAGUCAUAAUAAUGUCAGCAAAUUCACCCAUGACAUAAUUGAAAAUGUGAGAUACAGGAUCCUUCAACAUUUCAAAGCCUCCCCUGAUGAAUAUGCCGUUCUCUUCACCUCGGGGUGCACGGCAGCUCUCAAAUUGGUGGCAGAAAGUUUCCCCUGGUCCAGCGGGAAACAAAAGAAGCCAUCUGCGAAGUUAACGGAGCAUGUCCAGCCCUCAAACAGAGAGGACGUGUGCAGUUUUAAUGGCGGUGGUGAUGCAGCAUCUGAGCUUGACAGGCAGAGCGGGAGUGUGUUCUGCUACCUCACGGAUAACCACACGUCGGUGAUUGGCAUACGUGUCUUGGCACACAAUGCUGGUGCCGGAUGCCUUGCAGUGACCCCUGAAGAGGUAGAAUCGGGCCCGGCUCAGACCUUCUGUGGCCCAAAGUGUAAAUGCGAUAUUAACAGAAAUACAGCUGCUGGCAAGGUUAGUGAAUCCUCAGUGGGCCACCAGUGUGUACAGACCCAGCAGGACGGAGGCGAACCGCAGAGUCACGAGCCACCGCCUCCCAAAAGGCUCGAGAGACCUGCCGAUGUCAAGGAGCUCCACCACCUAUUCGCUUUCCCGGCGCAGAGCAACUUCACGGGCAGAAAGUACCCGCUGCGCUGGGUGGCAGCUGUGCAGGAAAGGGGAGCGGCGGCCCUGCUGCCAACCCAAGCAGUGGUGGUGCCCGAGAGUGGUCGGUGGCACGUCCUGCUGGAUGCCGCGAGCCUCGCAAGCACUGCCCCACUCGACCUGUCGGUCCACGUGGCCGACCUCGUUCCCAUCUCCUUCUACAAACUCUUCGGGUUCCCCACCGGCCUCGGCGCCCUGCUGGUUCGGGCGCCCUGCCAGGCCCUGUUACUCAAGCAUGGGGCAUACUUCGGAGGGGGCACGGCCGCAGCUUAUUUACCCGCGGAAGACUUCUAUGUUCCUCGAGACUCCUUCUGUGACAGGUUCGAAGAUGGCACCGUCUCGUUCCUGGAUAUUGUGGCACUGAGGCAUGGAUUUGACACCCUAGAAGGACUCACAGGCGGCAUGGAGCGAGUCAUGAGACACGCGUUCAGCCUGGCGCGGCACACGCACCAUGCGCUCGCGUCGCUGCAUCACGGCAACGGGCGCCCCGCUGUGCGGCUCUACGGGGCCACAGACUACGAGGAUCCCAGCACUCAGGGUGCCAUCAUCGCCUUCAAUGUGCUGGGGCCUGACAGCGACAUCGUUGGGUACUCGCAGGUGGACCAGCUGGCUAACCUGCACGGGAUCUGCCUGCGCACUGGCUGCUUUUGCAACACAGGGGCCUGCCAGAUGCAGCUGGGAAUCAGCAAUGGGGAUGUGAAGAAAAACCUGCAGGCCGGCCAUGUGUGCGGAGACAACAUAGACCUGCUGGAUGGCCGCCCCACGGGUGCCGUGCGUGUCUCCUUCGGGUACAUGUCCACCUUCCACGACGCGGCCCGUCUCAUCCGCUUCAUCACUCGGUGCUUCGUGGAGGAACGUCUGCCCUGCACCGCCGCAGCCGCCGCCGCCGCCGCCGCCGUGGACAUCCGUCACGGCCACAACAAGGAGGGCACGAGUCCGGAAAAAGCGGCCGGCACAGGUUCAGAGGAGCUCUGGUCAUGUCCAGUUCGUGCCGUCGACCGGGGGCUGGCGUCUCCGAGCUUCGGUGCGGCGUGCGACGUAGGCCAGGCCAUGUGCCCUUUGGACGUAAAGGCGGACGGAGCUCAGCAGGAGACAUUGUCCCGCAGCAUCGCUGACGCUAACGCGGCCAAAAGUUCAAUAGCAGAUGGCCGUCAAGUGGUCCUGACCAACAUCUUUCUCUACCCCGUAAAGUCCUGCGCCGCUUUUGAGGUUGAGAGCUGGCCAGUGGUGGAGCAGGGCUUGUGGUGUGACCGCGUGUGGAUGGUGGUCACGUCGGGAGGGACCUGCCUCAGCCAAAAGCGAGAGCCACGCCUCUGUCUGAUCCGGCCCGCCGUCGACCGUACCACGGGGCAGCUGUCGCUCACCGCAUCAGGAAUGAAGGUUUUGGUGGUUCCCUUGCGAGGAGCCGCAGAGGCGGCUAGUAUGGACGUACGCCUGUGUCACAGCAAGGUGUGCGGUGCCAGGGUCACUGGCCUGGACUGUGAAGAUGAGGCAGCCGAGUGGCUGACAGAAUUCCUAGGGAAGAGCUGUCGCCUGAUUCAGCAGGACCCAAGAUCCAAUCGCACAAUGAAAGCAAAAGGCCAGAGGCAGGCGGGAGGUGGUGCGGAGGCAGGGGCCAGCCUUUCUCUGGCCAACGAAGCCCAGUACCUGCUGGUGAAUCGCACCAGCGUGGCGGACCUACUCUGCAACGUUCACGAGAGGCAGGGAGAGGUGGGAGGACCCCCAGCACUUGACAUGGAGGCGCUGGUGAAUCGAUUUCGAGCCAACCUGGUCGUUAGAAGCGACGAGCCUUAUCAAGAGGACUGCUGGGCAACCGUCUCCAUCGGAGCCCUGAUUUUUCAGGUGACCGGUGGCUGCAGCCGCUGCCAGAUGAUUUGCAUUGACCAGCAGACAGCAGAGCGCUGCCAUGAGCCUCUGCGCACACUGGCCAGCCAGCACCGCAAGAAGAUGGAGUUUGGGAUUUGUCUGAUGCAGAGCCGCCUCCUCCCCGCGCAGGGCAGCGUGCUGCACGUCGGCACCGCGGUGCUGCCACGAUGCAAGGAUUCAUCCCCUUAGCACCAUGGGCUACAGUCGCCGCACACGCUCGAGGCUUCACUUUAACAACCCCUAUUUGCGCUUCUGCGGCCGUCUGGAAUGCUCUUCCUUCCGAUAUUAGGAAGCCACUGGAGCUAUGCACUUUUCAAUCUAGAUUGAAAACUCAUUUCUUAAUUAACUGAUUUGUGUUUAGUCUAUGGUUGGCUACAUAUGGUGCGAAAGAAGCUCAACAUAUAUACAGAGUGAGUGCACAGGGCAUUACGGCAAGAUGUCACACUUAUAAAAAUUGUACCGCCAAUGCAGUGUUUCUGAAUAAUUUUGGUUUGAUCACUUGGAUUUGAUUACGUCCCUAUAAUCACUCAAAUUUGUAAAAAAAUUAUAUAAUCUUUAAAACUGCAAGUGAUGAUACACUAAAAUACUGGUAUGAAAAUGUACCAUAAUCAUGUUAAUGUGAUCGUGUGCUUGGGAUGGAUUUUUUUAAAAAAUUGUUAACAUUCUGUGUUAAAGCACUGUUAAUUUAUAUUUCUUAAAAGAGCAGCUUUAAUAUAUGUUUACCUUGAUUCAUGAUGCGUUAAUGUAAAUAAAUGUCAGCGUUUGCCAAGAGUAAUUGCGUUUGUGGGAUGAAUCGUAAAUGUUGAAAGGGACACAUGACAUCCACAUCGAUUGCUUUUAAUAUUUUGUAUAUGCUUUUCAUGUUUCACAAAUAAUUAUAAAAUAACA